AUGUCGACCGCAGCCCGGCGCCGCUUGAUGCGUGACUUCAAGCGCAUGCAAACAGACCCUCCCGCUGGUGUUUCAGCCUCCCCAGUUCCCGAUAAUGUAAUGACAUGGAACGCCGUCAUCAUAGGCCCUGCGGACACUCCGUUUGAAGAUGGCACCUUCCGACUCGUUAUGCAAUUCGAAGAGCAGUACCCCAACAAGCCUCCGCAGGUCAAGUUUAUCAGCCAAAUGUUCCACCCCAACGUCUAUGCCACCGGCGAGCUCUGCCUGGAUAUCCUGCAGAAUAGAUGGAGUCCUACAUACGACGUCGCCGCUGUUCUCACGAGCAUCCAAAGUUUACUAAACGACCCCAAUACUGGGUCGCCCGCGAAUGUCGAGGCGUCGAACCUGUACAAAGACAACAGAAAGGAAUACACUAAGAGAGUACGAGAGACUGUAGAGAAGAGCUGGGAGGACUGA